AUGAUUGAUGAACGGCAGAUGGUCGUGCCGCAGGGAGGUGGAAUUUUGGGACGUUUUGAAAAUGUGCGGGUCAAGAAGAGUGCCAAAAAGACGGUAACAUGCGAUGCAGCAACUCCGGAGUAUCUCCGGUAUGAUUUUCUGAAACCCCAGCAUUUGCCAAUCGAGCGUGUGGAUGAGGAAGCCAACUUUGCUGCUGCCUCCAACAUCAAUGAGACCCGUUUUCACAAGGGCUUUCAUCGCCGGCACCAGGCAGACAUUCAGCAAGAUGCUGCAAGACUGGAGCACGAAGCGGCACGGGAGCAAGCUCGAGAGGACCGAGUGGCUGGACAGAUUGCAGCCGCACGCCAACUUCGUGAAAAGUGCACCUUCAAUAUCUUGACCGGAGAAGGAAUUGGCCGCGAAUGUGAGUUUCAGCAUGUUGGAAAGAAGAUUGUUAACCCGUAUGGCAACAUGCAGGCAACCUUUGUAGAGCACGACAAGGAGGAACGCCAUCGAAUCAAGAACUCACUACACAGGUUUUUUGAACAUCCUGCUCCCCACAAGGAGGUGAGAUCAGCAAACCUCUUCAACGAAGGGCUGCAGCAAACCUUGAAAGAGUCGGCUAUUUUGGGCUAUGGCAGGAGUGGUGUUUCUCGCACCAGAGCUCGAUCGUGUGGGGUGGCGGACAAUUUCGCACAUCUUCAUGCCCUGCCUCCUGAACCUGACUAUGCUCGGCGGCCUAAUUUGUGUUUUUGGAUGCUGACGAGAGAAAAGUAUUUGGUUUCAGUAGCUUCAGAGAUGGCACAAAUCCCAAGAAGUGGAACCAAGGAACUCAAUCUAGUAAUCUAG